CAUUAAGCGCGCCGUGUAUGCUGUUUUGGAAAGAGGUAUCGUUAGCUUGACGAUAAAAAGGGCCACCUUUUUUUUUUAAAGAAAAGGAUGCCUUUACCUCCAGCACUGCUGGCCCGAUUGGCCAAGAGAGGGAUUGUUAAACCAACAGAGCAAGGGGCGGAUGAGGAGAUUAUUGCUGAAGAUUAUGACGACAACAAUGUAGAUUAUGAAGCCACCAGAGUGGAGAAUCUACCACCAAACUGGUACAAAGUGUUUGACUCUGCUUGUGGUCUUCCUUAUUACUGGAAUGUCGAGACAGAUAUGGUUGCCUGGUUAUCCCCAAAUGACCCAUCUGCAGUAAUAACAAAACCUGCCAAGAAAAUAAGAGUAGAAGGAGGAGAUGAAAAAGGCGAGAAGCAAGUUGAGAAACCAGACAGGGACAGAGAACGACACAGAGACCGGGAUCGGGAAAGGGAUCGAGAUCGGGAAAGGGACAGGGAAAGGGACCGGGACAGAGAACGUGAUGAUGGGAGGGACAGAGACAGAAGAAAGCAGAGAAGAGAUGAGGCAGCACCAUACAGUCGAAGCAAAAAAGGUAGAAAAGAUGAUGAGAUGGACCCCAUGGAUCCAAGUGCUUACUCUGAUGCUCCAAGGGGGUCAUGGUCAAGUGGGCUGCCCAAACGUAAUGAAGCAAAAACGGGUGCAGACACCACAGCAGCGGGGCCUCUCUUCCAGCAGCGUCCGUACCCGAGUCCAGGAGCUGUUCUUCGGGCUAACGCAGCAAACCAACUACCCAAGGAGUAAAAGCAGAUACUACGAAGACAGCAACUUAAAACCCACAACUCUACAGUUGGUCUUCAUUAUGCUCACAUGCUAAACAUCAUAGUUUGACAGGCUUUUCUUUUCAUUGUGAAAUGUGUACAUGUCAGAAAUGAAGGGCUGAACUUUUUGGACAGCUUCUCUAUUCAUACUCCUGCCGUGUAGAGCAUUUGUAAAUAUGUUUUUAUAUGACCCAAAGGUUCACUUCUCGUUGUCACUAGACCCAUCAGUGAACAUGAUAAUAAACUUAAGACUACUGUGAAAA